AGCGGAGCCGGUAAGCGGAUUAUAAAGGUCACUCUGCCUACUCCCCUCUCUCCCUAAUUACUCUCUCUUUGUCUCCUACCUCUCCUUUGCGAGAUAACAAGCACAACUCACUGCAUACAUCACACACACUUUGCAUAUACUGCAAUUUCACACAAUUUCGUUGAAAGACAGCCACCGUUUCUUACUUGUCGACUCCUUAUCACUCACACGACCAUGCCUGCCAAGCGUCGUUGUCAGUUCACAGGCUGCACAUCCGCAGCACUCCGUAUGAUUGGCGAAUGCCCGAACUGCUCUUUGAACUUCUGCGCAUCUCACCGACUCCCGGAAGACCACAUCUGCCCGAAACUGAGCGACUGCCGUCAGCAAGCGUUCGAGAGAAACAAAGCUCGUCUAGAGUCGGAGCGGACGGUGGCGAACAAGAUGGGCACAGCGCAGUCAUGAAUCGUACGUGGGCGGGGGAGGCUGACGCGGCGGGCUGGGAAGGGGAGGUGGAGCAGACGGCGAGAAGGAGUGGGUGUGAGCAUGAGUGGUCGUGGAUGUGGCCGUGGAGGUCGGUGCCAGCUCGGCGAGUUUCUUGCGCCCGUUUGAGCCGGCCGCUCGUGUCGGCCUGCCAGCAGUCCUUCCUUCAUCCUUGCAUGCCCGCUCUCCUUCCACACACACUCUUGCACCCCAUCCUCUCCCUCCCUCCUGUUCCUGCAUUCCCUGCCCUCUCCGACCGGACCUGGACCAUACACCGCAUACCACUUCCUCACACAUUCCCGUAUUCUUAAUUUAUCAUUC